AUGGGCCGCAGGAUAAGCACAAGCUGCAGCACGAGUGGCCCUGCAUCUUGCCAAAACACUACGGUCGAGACGGACCUCUGCUGCUUUGAAGGAAAUGGCUUGAUUCAGCAUGUCCAGUUUUGGGACACAGACCCCGUAACAGGUCCAACAGACAGCUGGACUAUUCAUGGUCUCUGGCCGAAUUAUUGCGACGGCUCGUACCCUGAAGACUGCGGACCUGAAUCCCGCGAUUACUCCGACAUUACACAGCUAUUACAGGAUCAGGGCGCCUCGGACACGCUGAGCUAUAUGCAGACGUACUGGCUUAGCGACGACGAGUCAAAUGAAGACUUCUGGGAGCAUGAAUGGUACACGCAUGGAACUUGCUACACCACCCUGCAGACAUCCUGUCUCCCCAGCGACAGCCCGACGGGAGCCGAUGCUGUCGCGUUCUUCCAAACAGUCGUCGGCUUAUUCCAGGACAUGACGACGUAUGAAUGGCUCUCGCAGGCAGGCAUCACCCCAUCUGAGGAUACUACCUACAAGUUGUCCGAGCUGCAGGACGCUCUACAGAGUGCCUAUGGUUACACGGCCUCGUUCGAUUGCGAUGAUGACGAGCUGUACCAGAUCGAGUACUGGUUCAACAUACAGGGCUCGCUGCUGAAUGGAGACUUCGUACCCCUCGAUGCCUACGAGGCCGGCUCGUGCCGUUCAUCUGGAAUCAAGUACCUGCCCAAGUCGGACGACAACAGUGACGCAAGUAAGAAAAGGUCUCGUCUCGCUAAGCGGAAGGCUCUCUGAGCAGACGUGCGAAGUAGAGAUCGUGUAGGGGGUUAGAGCAACUGGGAUUUUGUCUUUCCUUUCUGUGCAUACAUAUCUCCGCAAUUUCUUGAAGCAUUGCACUCGGCACUGGACAUUGGAAUUCUUGUUGCCUUGAUAUAGGUUAGGCGCUGCAUACUUAGGAUGAAGUUCCGUGGAGGAUCCUGUAUGAGCAUAUUUGUCGAUGUGAUUAUUUGACCUGUGUGUACUAAAGUAACACGGCAGUAAAAUCAUUUCUGUUCGUCCUUGGCCUG